UGCACUGGACGACUCACUGUGUUUGAUCACAGCAGAUCGUUACUAAGCAGUCAACGCUGUUAACAGGCAGGAAAAAAGAAAGAGGGGCCUCCUGCGGAUAAACCCAGCAGACACCCCCCACCUCUCCAGGAGUGUUUUCUCUGAGUGUUUUCUCUGAUGCUGAGCCGCACCGAGGAUGGAGCUGUCGUGUGAGUCCAUCAGAUAUCCAGGGAAAAGAAGACCGGUCAGUAGCAAGUUUGUGGAGCUCCAUGUGCUGUAUGUGCCAGAGGACCAGUGGAACGUGAAGCUCAAUAAAGUACCAGCUGAAGCCAUAGAGAGCUUCAUAUCUGCAGGCUUCAUCAGGGUUUAUCCAGAUGUCACCCUGAGAAGUCUGAGGAGCGAGCUGGGCGCUCUGCUUGGCACCGAGAGGAGCAUCAACAAAUUCUCCUUCCUGAAAUGUGUGGGCCGCAGUCUUGCACUGGUUAAAAGCAAGCAGGAGAGGGAUCUGAAAGUGAAAACAUUUGCUCCACCAUAUGCCCCGCAGCCAGAGCUCUACCUGCUCCCCAUAGUGGAGAGCAGCAGCAGCGCUUGUUCCCUCAGCCCUGACACCAGCAGCAGCUCCCCGGACCCCCCCAUCUAUCACCACCCUCCCAAGACAUGCAGCCUGCCAACCAGGACAAAGGAGGCUGUUAAAUUCCCCCCCAUCCCCCAGUGUUCCCAUCAGCCACCUCCCACCCUAAGCCUGGAAGAACGGGAGGAGGACGAUGAAGAGGAAGAGGAAGAGGAAGAGGAGGAGGAAGAGGAGCAGAGCUACAGUUCUUCAGAGGGAGAUGAAGAACAUGAAGAGGAGGCUCUGUCUUCCAACAAGCCUGAGUGUACAGAACAGUGUUGUCCCAGCAUGGCUCAGAGUCAAAGGGCACUGCAGACGGUGUCACUGAGUAAAGCUCUUGAUUCAGCAGUUCCACAGCGGCGUGAAGCUGAUUCAGCUCAGGCUGAGGAGCUGCCAGAAAAAGAAGAAACUUGCAGGAAGAAGAAACAGCACCAGAGGAAAGUGGCCAGAGAUUCAGGAGUGGCAGAGUCGCUGGAGGACGGAGAUUCAGGCUUCUCGUUCACAGACGGGGUUGGGAAAUCAAAAGAUGUACGCACGCUUAAAUCAUCAAGCAGGGCGACAGAAAGUCCUGCUGUGUCGUCUUGGCCCGUCCGCCGCUCCUCUCCACCUCCAGGUCUGCACAUGGCCUUGUUGACCCAUAAACCUGCCGCUCCCCCAGGCUUCCAGACAAACAGAGACGAGCUGAUCGAGGAGAUCAAGCUGGUGAGGGAGGAGAGGAGGCAGCUGGAGUGGACCAGGCAGGAGCUGCUGAGGAAGGGCAAAGAUUUACUGGCCCAGAACAGACACAGGAGGAACCAAGCCCGGGACAGUUGGAAAAAGAAAUAUUUUGAGACCAAGAAGGCCACAGCGCCACUGGAGGACAGCCUGAGAAAGUUGCGACAGGAGCUGGAGACAUUUUACAACAAACUCUUGCACCAGCUCCAGGCCAGAGAUAACAGAGGGAAGCCAAGACGCCAAGGCAGAUCCUCCAUCAAGAAUGAGCUGAUCAUUCAGAUCAUGACAGAGAGUCACGAGAUCGACAACCUGAAGAGGAACGUAGAAGAUGCCAAGAUGAAGCUGGUGACGGAGAUAAAGCUGAGGAAACAGGCUGCCACAGAGCUGAGGGCCCUGAAGGCCGAACUGGCCCAGAAGAAAAGUCAGUCGUCUCAUCUUGGCUUCGGAAAUACGACACGGGACAGACCACAAGUUCAAAUCACCUCCAUCUGAUUCACUUCACACAGAGAUGACACAUGCUGUCUGUGCUUCACUCUGCUGACACAGAAGAUGUUCAUUCGUUCCAUGAGAGGGAUUUUUACAUGUUGAUUUUAUAUGUUCAUGCAGUUGUAUUUUCUAUUUGUUGACUGAUUCAUUCCCGAGUUACAUCGUUCACUACAUUGUUAUUGUGGACUUACCCUGUAAUUUAUCUCAGGUUAUUCAGCUUGUUGCUAAGGGAAAAUGUAUUUGUUUGGAAAAUGUAGAACAUUUAGAACAACAAAGCAAUCAAAAGUAGUAAGAUUGAAAUGAGGAGUUAAAUAGCAAAUAAAGAACAAGAAAUAUAAGAGCUACAGUUCUGUGCAAGA